AUGGCCUCAACGUUUCGCAAUCCUGCUAUGAGCCCUUUCAUUGAACCGAAGCCAGCGUCAUCCGCGCAAGCCUCAACGAUAAUUUUGGACGCCCAUGCACGUUUCUCGCAGACCAGAUUAUACCACGACACCGCACUCCACAAUCACCAAACGCGAAUGUGUUCUGGUUUUUCAUUUUUCAUACAGCGCCUCGGAGAUCUUGAGAUAUACAUGCUGACCUUCGUCUCAUCUAGCAAAUCCCUCCAAAUAUGGUGGUUGUCCCAGUGUUCAUGGAUGGCCGGUAACGACGCUACUGCCCUGAGGUCAUUGCAAUUUGCGCGCCAACCUCACCCCAACCGCGACUACCAAAACAUCCUCCAGCAACCACCAAACUCAUCGCAAAUGGCUCAAUCCACAAUGAAGGCCUGGAUCUACUCCGGCACAACAAACGGGCUAGAGAAAAACCUCACUUUCGACACUACAGCCAACACCCCCAAGGUCUCAGGCGACGAAGUCCUCAUCAAAGUCCUCUCCGCCUCCCUAAACCCAGCAGACUACAAAGUCCCCGAGAUGGGCAUGGUAGCUCAAAAGCUAGUCAUAGGCACACCCGCCAUCCCAGGAAUGGAUUUCUGCGGCGAAGUCAUCAGCGAUGGCCCAUUCACCCCAGGCCAACUAGUCUACGGAUGUCUGAGCAGACCUUCUCGAUUCGGCUCCCUGGGCGAAUACCUCGUUGUAUCUGCUGAUUUCCUCGUUCCUGUCCCGGAGGGCGUGGAGAUCGACCACGCCGCCUCAAUCGGUAUUGCCGGACAGACGGCGUACCAGAGUUUGGCGGGGUACGUGAGUGCCGGCGAUCGGGUUUUCAUCAAUGGUGGGUCUGGGGGAUGUGGCAUCUUCGCGAUUCAGAUUGCUAAGGAACUGGGCUGCCAUGUUACGACUACGUGUUCGACGAGGAAUGUGGAGUUUGUGCGUGGCAUUGGCGCGGACGCGGUGAUUGAUUACUCUGCGGAGGAUGUGGUUGCGAGAUUGAAGGAGGGAGAGGUCUUUGAUCAUGUCGUUGAUCAUAUUGGGGUUCCGGCGCCGCUUUACCGCGAGUCAAAUGCGUUUUUGAAACCUGGAAAGACUUUCGUGCAGGUUGGGGCUUCUGCUAUGGCUACUUUUGCGGAGAGAUUGGUGGUUCCGGGCUUCUUGGGUGGCGGGAAGAGAAAGUAUGUCAUUUUCUUUUUCAAGAAUAACAAAGAGGAUCUGGUGAAGGUUGGAGAGAUGGUGAAGAAGGGGGCUGUGAAGAUCCAGCUGGACUCGACCUUCGAGUUCGAGGAGACCGUAAAGGCAUUUGAGAAACUUCGCUCUGGAAGGGCGAGAGGCAAGAUUGUUGUGCAUGUUGCCAAUUCUUGA